ACUGUUGCGAGGGAAUUGCAUGCAAUCCCGCUGAGUGAGUGUCGAUGAGUGAGAGAUUCCUGGAGGCUCACGAUCGGCGAUGCGAGCAUGUUGCGUCGUCGUGAGUUUGAGACUUUUUUCUCGGAUUGUGGGAAUGUGCCGUGAGUAGGGAAGGGUCCGUGUGAUGAGAGCGGAUUGUUGCCCUCAACUUGCAGGAUUCCCACCAAACCCAAGAAGAUGUUUGCUCGGUUUGGAUUGAGGUUGGGUGUGAGACGUCCACGCCUCCUGAUUAGAUGUCUCCCUGAUGGGUUUUCGCUACGAAGCCAUAAAUGUUGCAGUUGAUUUGCAUGAUGUUUUAGUGAAGCAUCCGCCUAUCCAUUUGAGCUGGAGGUUUCUAUGAGAGCUCGAGGACCUCUCCUUGCCAUGGUUUACCUCUUCAUGGUUCUGUCCACAUUGUUCACCCCCGAAGUUUUGGCCACAGCGACAUUUGUUUGCGAGGAACGGGGGGGCUACAGUGUGGAUUUCAGCUGGCAUUCGGACCGUUUUUUAGGGCUCCAACAAGGUUGCCAUUUGUGGGUGAUUGGAGUGAUAAUCUAUGCUUUCUACCCUGUUUUCUUCUUGGUUAGUCUCGAUCCAGGGGUCCUCGUGUUUGCCAAGGGGUUUGCUCGAGUUACCGCUCUCUAGGCGACCACCGCAUUGUUGACGAAUUUGUUUCUGGGGUUUGAGAGGGAUGAGAAUCACUGCAAAGGCAGUAGCAGUCUUCGCGUUGCUUCUAUUUGUCUUGUUCAGAUUGGUUACCAUCCCAGACAUCUAAAUGUGAAGACACUCGCUGAUGAACUAGUGGAGCCUGAGCUAGCUGGUUAAUCUUGACAUCCUAUUCGGGAUUUCGAAUUACUGGGAUAAUUUCAGGUCGUUGUCAGGCGAGGACAGCAACCAAUUGCAAACAUCGCCUAAAUACUUUCUUAGAGGCUGAUGUACUGGUUUCCAGCACGUACAUUUUGCCGAUUCUCGCUGAAACAAAUGUCAUAAAAGCUUUACAUUUUCGAAGAUAAAUGAGUAGUAAAGAGGGCAGCAUCAACGCUCUCUUACGGGUACUUUUGUAAGAAUAUGUGGAGCCAAAACAGUACUCUAGAAUUUGGGAUAUUGAUGUGCGUUUCACGAGGUGGAUGCCACUUAAUGGAUUAUGUCACUAGACGUCACAGUCAUUGCUCCUUGCAACAGCGAAAGUUUCGCAAUAACUACAACAGAGUUUGUCUCUACCGAAGUUGUCUACUUGUGGAAGUUGGUAUGCAUGGAUCGGUGGAAGUAACUACGACUGCUCUUACCAUGUUGAAUUCAGAGUUGGCACAUUGCUGACAAGCGAAUGCGUGUGUACCGAUUAUUGGUUCACCGAUCACUGGUCAUGUUUAGGUGUGCCACAGCAGUCCUAUGCGCCACUUUGAGCUGCUUGUUGUGAUCACCAAAAGCCACCAGCAAGAAGGUAACAAGAAAUUAGGUUGGUGGGACUUAAGUACAGCUUUCGAAUUACUUGAUCACAUGACGAGGCCUUGGGACGAGGCCUUGGAGAGCUUUGACAUUUAAUGAACUAAGCGAAAUUAUACUGCAUGACCAAAGAGGAUUUCCUGAAAUGUCGUCAACGCAGGCUAUGCUUAAUAAGACUGAUCAGCAUGCUUCGUGAAAGAUAGUAAGUACGAGGGUACUUACGCGGACGUGUCUGCCACUGUGCCGUUCCUGCAGUCGACUGAACAUGUGCAUCCAGGGAAUCAAAUUUGUCUUCAAAUCUAAUGACAGACCCAGGACUACGUCGCAGAAUAUUGUUAUUUCAAAGGACCAGGUUUUCUAAAAGACGAACCAUUCCAUUCGUGCAAGUUCGACAAUGAUGAGUGAUCAUAACAUGAGAGUUGUAGGCUGGGGUCAUGAAGCGCGGACACAGCGUGAUGAUAACAAGAACCUGCUUUUCACGCGUAUCCUGGGUUUUGCCUGUGGUCGUCCCUGGCAAACUGGUACGACCAAUGCAGUCUCUAUUUUUUGUUAUCAACAUGAACUUGGCCAAUGAUCUCCACCCGAGCAGCAAUUCUACAGAUCAUAGGCAGUUUCCUGUUCUUUACUUCAGCGCUGAUAUUGGUGGGAAGUACUCUGGAACCAUUAUAUGGAGUGGGUGCAACCGGCAGGAUUGAUGUGUUAGUUGCACAGUAUCUGGUGAAUCCAGAAAUUCCCUGAGGUGCUUGUUGACUCCCCUUAACUGAUGCUACUAUUCCAAUCUGUCAUUUCAACAACAUCAUUCCUUUCUCGCCUCAGUUUGAACGUAUUUGAGCUGCGCAUGCUUCAACAAGCUUCAGUUCUGACGUUUACUAUGAACGAUUCUCAUCACAUCGUCUGGCGCUCGCACUUGUAGAAUCCGACUUGUGGCGCUUAUAAUGCAUUCAAGUGCCGAUACACAUCACACGAUUUGUGUGUAAAUUAACAUCAAGUAUCAGCCCCGAGGUUCCACACUGUUACAUUGUAAUUGCUUCUCGAGGCAGAUGAAAGCGAAAUUUCAAAUGCGUGAUCCGUAGUGCAAAUCGUGAGUAGGGUAACCAGACGAUAGUCAUUCUGCAAGCCAUCACACGAAUUACUCGGUUUCGAAUACAACCAGGCAUUGGAACAAGGUAGAAUGAAAAUUUGCAAGUACAGCAAAUGAUGGCCUACACGAAUGAGCUGAAGCUGUCGGAAGGAUGGCCAUGAGAUGUUGACAGACAUGGACAUGUGCGGAAGGCAGUGCGUUCACUGCAGUGAGAUUACUCAGUGAAAAAAAGAUUUUCCUGACAAUAAAGGGUGAGUGUUGUCGUAUAGCAGUGGUUGGUAUACUUUAGAUGUGUGUCCCAUGACACCAGUGCAUCAAACUUGGAAUGGAUUAUCUGAUAUCAAUUAACAUCUCAGAGCCCAAGCAGCUCCUCACACUUCAUUCUUUACCCACAGUCCUCUCAGUACUUCCUUGAUAGCGAACACUUCGAUACAUUUUCAUUUCCACUCGUUCUCUCCUGUAGAUCGGUUGAAACUGUAGGUGCAGAGUGAGUGUUUGUAUAUGCUUGUUCCUAAUCUAUAUACAUGCCUUCUCAAACUGAACUUGUAUAGCCAAAACUGGCCUGGUUGCUGGUGUAAGGUUUGUGUCCGUGAGGAGCAUUAAGUUGAUGCGCUCCAACCAAUCUGCUCAGUUGAGGCUGAUGCGGUGAAAUUCGUGAACUCUGUUAAGUACAUCCAAUGUGUCCAGGAAAAGUUGAAGAAGGUACUAAAGCAUGUGUAGAUGCGACGAAGAAUCAACUUCUUCUCAAGAACGAACCAACUCGUGCUCCUUGUUCGAUUGAAGAGGUGCAACUGACGGUGGCCACCACCGAUGACCCCAGCCUACCAUGUCUGACGUUCAGAACGCUUGUGCUUGGAACUCUGGCGAAUGUUGUUCUUACAGUGACCAACACAUUCUUUAGCUAUCGCUCAGAACCGCUUCAUGUUUCCGCGAUUGCCGUUCAGAUUAUGGCCCUCCCGCUUGGCCGUUUGAUGUCCCGCUUGCUACCAGGAGAACCCAUCGGCUUUCCCUUGAUUCCAAGGAGGUUCUCGCUCAAUCCUGGGCCCUUCAACGUCAAAGAGCACGUACUGAUCACCAUCUUUGCUAACACAGGGUCCGGGGCAAUGGGCGCCAUGUUGGUCAAUGUCGUGAAAGCGUUUUACAAGCAGAGGUUGGACUUCGUUCCAGCUAUUCUCUUCGUGUUAGCAACUCAAAUUAUGGGGUAUGGUUCUGCAGGGCUGUACCGCAAGCUGUUGGUGGAGCCGGCUCAAAUGUGGUGGCCACACACGUUGGUGAAUGUGUCUCUCUUCCGGACAUUGCACGAGAAGGAAGAGAAACGGACACUGUCUCGAGUCCAAUUUUUCUGCAUUUGCCUUGUGGCAAGCUUCGCGUACUACGUUCUCCCAGGGUACCUCUUCAGCUCCUUGACCACCAUCUCAGUGGCGUGUAUCUUAUAUCCCAGAUCCGUCACUGCUCAGCAAGUAGGAUCUGGACUCAGGGGCUUGGGUGUUGGCUCGUUCUCCUUGGAUUGGGCAACGAUCUCGGCGUUUCGUGGGAGCCCGCUUGGAGUUCCUUUCUUCGCUCUUGCGAACGCCGCAGUGGGGUUCGUCUUUUACCUGUAUGUCAUAAUCCCAAUUACGUAUUGGUUUAAUGUAUACGACGCCAGAAAGUUUCCAAUCUUCUCGAGCAAGUCGUUUGCUGAUAAUGGCUCUCCGUUUGACAUCCACCGAGUUGUGAACCACGACUUGACCUUGAAUCCGAAAGCUUAUGAAGGUUACAGUCAGCUGCACUUGAGCAUUCUGUAUGCAAUGACAAACGCCAUGGGCUUCGCUGUCAUUGGAGCAGCGAUAACACACGUCGUCCUCUUCCAUGGAAAGGACAUUGUACAAGGAUCAAGAGCAGCUUUCAGGGACAAGACGCAAGACAUCCAUACCCAGCUUAUGCAGACCUACAAGCCUGUUCCACAGAAAUGGUUUUGGAUACUGCUGAGCGUUUCCCUGGUUCUAUCCAUAGUCGGUACUGAAGUAUAUAAAGAUCAGCUGCAGCUACCUUGGUGGGGCGUUUUGUUGGGGUUUGUUUUAGCCACCGCCUUCGCACUUCCUUUCGGUGUGCUUGUGGCCACCGCAAAUCAGGCACCAGGAAUUAACGUUUUGUCCGAAAUGGUAAUGGGGUAUAUAAUGCCUGAGAAGCCAGUGGCCAAUAUCUGCUUCAGAAUAUACGGCAGCAGCAACUUGAUGCACACAAUAUCCUUCUUAAGCGAUUUCAAGCUGGGUCAUUACAUGAAGAUCCCUCCGCGCACCAUGUUCAUUGUACAGGUUUGGGGGUCCAUUCUCUCGGCACUGGUGUGCUUGGGUACAACAUGGUAUCUUCUAGAUGCAAUCCCUAACAUCUGUAAUCCAGCGCUACUCCCACCUGGAAGUCCUUGGACAUGCCCCAACGACAGUGUCCAAUUCACAGCUUCUGUAAUCUGGGGACUCAUAGGCCCAUCGAGCACAUUCGGAACGCGAGGCAUCUACGGCAAACUCAACUGGUUCUUUGUCAUCGGGAUCUUCGCCCCAGUUCCAAUCUACAUCGCUGUGAAAGUUUUCCCCAAAGCUACUUGGCUCAAGUGGGUCAACAUGCCAAUCAUACUCAUUGGAGGCCUCACCAUGCCGCCAGCAUCUCCUGUAAAUAAUGUGAUGUGGCUAUCCGUGGGUAUGUUCUUCAAUGGCUUCAUCUUCCGCCGACACAAAACGUGGUGGAAGCGUUACAACUAUCUUCUGUCGGCGGCCUUAGACACAGGAACUGCCUUCAUGGGAUUACUUUUAUGGGUCUGCUUUGAUCAGGGUCUUGGCACAUUAGAGUGGUGGGGAAACCAAGGUGAUCACUGCCCACUAGCACACUGCCCGACUGCUGCUGGCAUCUCAAUCAAAGGGUGCCCAGUUUUCUAAAGAAUAAGCGAUUCAAAUCUAAGACAUACCUGAUUACUUCUGUGUAGCUCCAAUUCAAAAACCUUGAUGGUUUCAUUAAUCAGAAAACGUCAACGGAAUAAGAGGUUCUAGUUUGGAUACAUGUAAUGUUGUUGUGUAGGGCUAUACUUGAAAGAGCCGCACCGGUUCUGUAACAGUAGCCAGAAGGUUUGUUCGCUCAUCUCUGAGAAGCGUGGAGGCUACAAAGGUUGAGCAGAGGCAAUACAUACAUGAGGCAAUCAAUCCUCUCUCUCACACACACACACACAUAUAUGUGUUCCAUGGGUCCAGCCGUAAAGAGAAAACUAGGUCCAUUUUUAAGUGUAAUAUUGUGAAAAUAUGACUGCUACUUACCAAGUCAGUAAUAAUCAGGACAAAGUAAACCUGUUCCUUGGAAAGAAGCCUCCAGGUGCUCAGCUAUUACACCCUACAGUGACCAUGACUAUGGUGCUCGCACGAUACAGUUACAUUGUGCAUGAUUAAUCAGCUAUCUAUGCUGAAAUAUAAAUCAAUGCUCUGCUUACGAGGCUCCAGAAUCUAAAAUAAAAUUGACAUAUUAGUUGUCCAUGGUGGUUUAAACGUAA